GAGAGCGGGUGGUGCCUCGCGGGCUGAUAGGUGCUCACUAUAAAUCCUCAAAGGGGGAAUUGAGCGCAACUAAUACCAUCUGCUGCAGAAACCCGAGGAUGCUUUUCUGUCGCGCUCCGCUCUUCUGGCACCCCGCAAAUCUGAAACAAAUGACAGACUGCUGCAUCCACGUGGGAAUAAAAGAGUAACGAACAAAAUGAUACUUUUAACUGCAGUUGGAUCACUCAGCACUUCUGGUCAAUCCUGGAUUUUAAACUGAUCUUUUUCACGGAGACUAUCUGGAAUAACUGGGAUGGCCAAUGUGUCAUUAAUACAUUUGGGAAUUUUGCUUUUUAUUGGACUAACAGUCGCAAUGGCCAACGGCUUUUCCUCGUUUCGUGAAGAUGCGCUUGUGAAAAACAAGGCGAAGGAUUUAAUUAAAGUAUCAAGUGCGACUCCUAAGCAGUUUGGUGAUUCUGCUAAUAAACCUGGAGCGUGUUAUUUCUGCCAGCUCCUAAAACCACGGAGGAGAGCCAAGAGAUGCACAUGUUACACCUACAAAGACAAGGAGUGUGUUUACUACUGUCACCUGGACAUCAUCUGGAUCAACACACCAGAGCGCACUGUCCCAUAUGGCAUGUCAAGUUAUAGAGGCUCCCAGCGGGUACGGCGUUCUGCUGAGGGCAGCGUAGGAGGUCAGCGCUGCGCGUGUGCUUUACACAGCGACCAAGAGUGCACCACUUUCUGCAGUCAGAGUAGGGGCAGAUCAACAUGAUCAUCCAUUGGAGCACAGCUAAACUGAUAUUCACACAUCUGUUGGACUGCCUCUUCAUUCUUCUGUCCCAACACCUGGAGAAUCACCUCAGAGAAAAGGUUCAUGUCUGUCCAAAAGGAAGGCCAUCAGAAUUCCAUUACGGAGAGGGAGAAUUAAAGAGCUGAGUGAAGGAACAGAAUGUUUUAGGGAGUAUUUACGCUGUGAUUGUGAAAGCAUUACAUAACAGCACCUAAGCUAAAGAAGAAGCAAUGCAUUGACCACCACUCUCAACGUGACCAUGUGUGUCAUAUGCAUUUAAGUGAAAUGUCUGUGAUGGUCUGAAUUUGACUUGCCACUACAACCUGACUUCCAAAUCAGACAUGUAUGGUGGGGUUGAAUAAGCAUUUUAAUGCAGGAUAAAUAAACUUUUUAGACCAAUCGCCAUCAUGUAAUGGUAAAUGACUUUCUUAAAAUAUGUCUUGAACAAUAUAUUUAAAAUAAAAUGUACUGUACAGAAAACUCUUCAUUGCAACAUUGGCUUAUUCUAAAAAAUAUGUUUGUAUUUAAUAUGGUCUUUCAUAAUUUGAUACGUGUAUUAAGUGUCCUUGUGAGUAUAAAUAAUUAACGAAUAGACAAAAGGAAAAUUCCUGGCUCUCUCAGAGCAUAAAAGAAACCAUGUAUUUCAUGACUAACCACAAGAUGUCCAUUUUAAAUGCCACAAUAAUAUACAACAUAUGAAUAACUGUCUGAGAUACAGAGUAUAUGCAAUAGAUUAUAUAUUUAUUACACUAACCAAACAUUUUACAAUACAUUCUCCAAAUUGAAAUAAAAUGACAAUAUUAUAUUAUAUUUCAAACCAUUACAAGAUAAACCAUCCUUUAUUUAUUCAAAGCUUUUAGUCUUUUUUUUUUUUUUUUUUUGAGUCAAAAAACUUUGAGUCAAAGAUGCUGAUAAAAUGCAUUAACUGAAAUGGAUUGUGCCUGUUCUCACUUUUCACGGCUCACAUUUGUGCAAAAAGUCCUGUAGAGAUUCUCUGUUUAUUAUUAAAUUAAAACCUUUUCUGUUUUUA